AUGUCGAGUCGGCACUACUCCUCCUCUGAGGCGCGGAGCAACGACAGCGAGGCGCGGAUAAACGCGUCAUCUACGUUGUCUCCCACGUCGUCGCUACCGCCGUCGUCCUCACCCCUGCCGCCGUUGCCGCAGUUGACCUCCACGGAGGUCGCCGAGUGGCCCCCGGUGCCGACGUCGUCAUCGUCUUCUUCUCCUCCCCUUACACCAUCCUCUGUGGCCAGCGAGUCGCAGGACGGAUCUGUCAGCAGCAACCGCGCGGACAACCAGGGGAGGUUCACCUCCGACUCGAGUAGUCACUUCUUGGAAGAGGCAGAGGAGGAGCUGGAUAAUGAUGUCGAGCUCCGCAGCGGCGACUGUGUCGGCGGCGCAGAUAACUACAGCAACAGCAACGAUGACGGUGGCAACGAGAGCGGCGCGACUACUGCACGUAGCGCCUCCGGUGAGCCGGUGGAUGCUCCGCUGAUGGUUUCUGAUUGGCUCGCGGUUCCGCCGUCACCGCCAUCGCCGUCAUUGGCAUCGGCGUCAGCGUCGCAGCGCACAGGCGAGGUGGGUGUCGAGCGGCGCGGCGCCUCCACUACUCCAGACUCAGAGCGCAGCAGUGGUCGAGACGAGAAUGCAGUGGCGGACAGCGACGCUGCUACCACGGCAAAAGGCAAUGACGAAGACCAGAGGCAAGGCGGUCGUGGCGAAGCUAGUGACUCUGACGACCUUUCGGACGCAGAGCUCGCGGCCCGCGCCGCCUCCAUCACGUCCGAUGUGGUUGCAGAAAGCGUCUGGACAUCCGAGGAGCGCGCCAGCGCCGCCUUGCAGGAAUUCAGUACUUCCCUGCACUCGAAGCUGGUCGAGCACCUCAUCGACGAUGCGGUCGUGGCAGUGGGGCGCACGCUGGAGGAGACGGUGCGGCAGCACGAGUCGCGCGUGCGAGCCCUGAUGGCACAGAAUCGUCUACUCGAUCAUCAGCUAGUGGACCAGGCAGAGCAGAUGCAGUCGAUCCGGAAGGACCUGGAAGACUCCGUGCUGCGCGACUUGCAACGUAUCCUGCGCGUUGAUCUGCAGCAGGUCUUCCGCUCGGCUAGCGCCGGCCGCUCCAAUUCCAGAGAGACCGCCACGGAGGCCUCGACCCCGCUGUCAUCGUCUUCAUCACGCCGACCGUUGUCCGUCGGCGAGCACUGCUUCGGCGCGGAAGAGGACACAGGUGACAGCAUCAAUACGCGGCAGCGAUCGAAUGCAGCGUCGAUGUCUUCGAUGCACACGGGCGGCGGCGCUGCAACGCCAUCUGUGGAAGAACUCAUCGCCGCAUACCUAAAUCAGCGCGGCACCCUCGAGCUGCUUCACAAGGAACGCGUGCAGUGGCGGGAAAGCACGGCCGUUCUGCGAGACCAGCUGCUCGCCGCCACGCGUGAAGUCGUGCAGCUUCGGCAGGAAGUGGUACGGCUUCAGACGACAACAGUGGAUGUGGCGGAGCACCGCACCGUCAUGCAGGCAAGAGAGGAGGCAGAGCAUCAAUGUGCACUCAUGCGACUGCAGCUGGCCAAGCACAUUGAAGAAGCUCAAAUGAUUGAGGCGCUUGUGGAGAAGCAUGAGUUGACGCAGUUGCAGUCGCAAGACGCCGCAGAGGGCAAUGUGGAACAAACAGCUUCGACAGGAGGUCUUGCCGCUACCGCAGCAGCAGCGAUGGAAGAGGAGCUGCCUCGAAAAGGGCCGCAGUGGGACAUCGCUUUACGUGAGCUGGAGGAGCAAGCCACCAUUGCAGCCAACAGCCACCACCUGCGUGAGCAACUCGCCAGUGCCGAGGCUCAGCUGCACCUCCUUCAGAAGGACAGAGACGUGAGCGUCACCUACGCGGCGGAGUUGAAGAAGGAAAACGACGUCUUGCGGGCAGACCUGCAAUCGAUGGUCUACCGUAACAGCGUGCUCUCUCAGCAGGUGGUGUCGCUCCUGGUCAAGGUCGAGCACACAUCCCGCGCCAACCGGCAGCUGCAGGCAAUGCUGACCGCAUCGCCUCCGCGGCAGCCGCAGGAGUCUCUCGACCAAUCAAACGCGCAGAAGGGUGGGCGGUCUUUGGGCCCAUCCACCCUGCCCCGGUCGUCACCCCCGGCCUUCCCGGCGCUGCCCAAUGCGCCGCUGUCAACUUUGCCGUCGCAGCAGGCACGGCGCAGCGCGUGGCUGAGCGCGAUGUGGCCGUUGCCGGCUUCUGGUGGCACCGACGCAGCAACUGAGAACCAACUCAACACAGCUGUGCUCUACGACCAGCAGAAACAUCGGCAGCUUCCACCAUCGCUCCUCGCAUCUACGAACGCUUCACAGAUGUCGUCGCCGACAGAGGUAGAGGAGGGCUUACAGCAGCGGCUGAACACCUACGCCGCAUCGCGCUUGGCGGUACCACAGCUGAAUAGCGGCGCCUUCCCUCAGCCUCCACGUCGACAACGGCACGUCUCGCUGCGGCAGCUGGGCAGUGCCACGCUAGAGGUCAACCGCGUGUGCAAUCCACAUCUCCCGGCCAGUGAUCAGCUCAGCGGGUACGCGCUCGGGCGUCCAUCGACGUUUUCGACUGUCAAUGUCUCGCGCGGGACGGUGACGCGCCAGGUGGGAUCGGAAGAGGUGACGGUGCUGCUCACCCCAGCCGCGCCGGAUGACAGCAGAACCGGCGAUGCAGACAUGUGGGCACCAGCAGCGGCGGCAUCGCCAUCAACGCGGCUCGCUCACAGCAUAGACGACGUGAGUCGUGACCCGAACCUGCUACGUCUCCUGGACACCCUCGACAAGGACGAGAGCCUCGAUCGAUUCAGCAUUCACUCGGUCUCCGAGCUACUAUUGCGGAACCAGGAGCUGGUGAAGCAGCUGUACGAGGUGACGCAGCGCGCUGAAGCGGCGGAGCAGCAGCAGCAGCAGCAGCAGCAGCAAGGGACUGUCUCUGCCUCCCAGCGGGACGGAAAGGGGCUAUCGUUCGGGUCUGUGGUUGCCUCUGCAAACGACCCACCCGCUCGACCCGACAGUGACACUGAUCUCAAUUUGGACGCGGUUCUGGCAACACUCACCUCCACCACUGCGACACUGCUGCUGCAGGAGGGUGAGCCACACUCGCGCAAGCGCACCCGCGAGGGUGACAACGACAAUGGGGACCGGGAGCACGGGGACGUCGAGGGUGGCCGCCACGUCAGUGCAGGUCAAAGUGAGAAUAAGGCGGCACAGCCGCAGGCCACCGAAAUUACCGGAGCAGACUCCGCUACUACAACAGCGGCUGAGUCGUGGUUCACCAAGGAUGCUAGUGAUGCGGUCGCUAGCAUGAUCGAUGCGAUGGUGCGACGGCGUGACGUGCAGCUCACGUCUGCCGACACCGAAGUGUCGCAAGCGCUGCUCAAUGCGCUAGCAGCGCAGCACGCCACUGACAAGGCGGCGCAGAAGGCACGUACAGAUGGCGGCACCAGUGGAGGCAUUGCUCUGCCUGCUGAGAUUCCGUCUGAAACGGACUCGCAUGCCGUGAAGGCCUCCUCGCGAGCUAUGUCUGCGUGCCUGCGCAGCCUCUUGCAGCUUUGCGUACGGCAGUCCGCCGUGCUGGCGGAAGUGGCGCUCACAGCUGCGGAUCAGCACCAAGAGAUGCAGGCAGCCGUCAAGAACACAUGGACAGAGGUGCAGCAGACCCUCCUCGCGGCACUGCAGACCUCGCACGCGGCGCUCACUUCAUCCUCCCCGGCGUCGUACAACGAUGCCGCCACAGGUGCGCCUUGGCCCUCGCGUCAGCGAGCGCGGGGAGAAGGAGGUGUGGUGGGCGACGACGAUCGCUCGCGAAGGGACGGCUGCCUCGAGUUCCGCCCCGAGGAGCAGGUGGCCCUCCUCCAGCAGCUCCGCACGCUGCUGCACACGGCCGCCAAGAAGGAUGAGACCCUCCUGCACGUCUACCAGGCUGCGCAGGCACGCAACGAUGCGCGUCAGCACCAGGAGAAGGAGCGUGUGGCGCGUCUUCUACUGAAACUGGAGCGUAAGCGGCGCCUCAUCAAAGCCUUGCAGCUGCGGCAUGCGAACACGAAUAUGGCGACUGCUCUCGGUACGGAUUCCGGCGCAUGUGGGCUCAUCCACCCUUCUCCUCUCGACUGCGAUAACUCGCAGGGUGCCGUGGCGAUCGGCUUCCACCUUUCCCCGCAGCCCGGCUCCCCCGUCCGUCGUACACCGCCAAUGCCGCCGAUGGCGUUACCCGCUGUCAACACGGACGCCGCUGGCAACGAGCGCCGUGGCGACGACGGCGGCGACCGGGCUAGUAGCUUGGACAGUGGCACCAACCACCCCCAGUGCAGCCAUCACCAUCCACACUGUUGUGACAACGAUGACGGUUACAGCGACAACGAGCUUGACGACGAGAUCCUGACACUGGACAUCUUUCGCGAGCUUCAGCAGCAGCUCGCCCUGAGUCAAGCAAACCACCGAGCCGCUCAGGAGGAACUCGACGCGGAGAAGGCGAAGCACGCGACUCUGCUGGAGCGUAUGUGGGUGCUGGAGACGGCCCGCGACGACGCCGCAGGCGCGGCCGAACGUCUUGAGAAGCGUGUGAGCAAUAUGCUCACUCGGGAGGAGUACCAGACAACGGUGGCCGAGCUGGAGACGGCCGUUGCUUCCCUCACGCAACUGGAUGCAGAGCUGCGCGACGCCAAGGCUGCGCACCUCGAGUUGCAGGAACACGUGGAUGACCUAAAGCGGCAGCUGGAGGCGCAGCAGCAGGAAACAGCGCUUCAGCGUGGCAGGCUGGAGGAUGCAAUGCGUAAAGGGGAGCAGCGUGUGCUUAACGAGGAGGGUCGCACCCGACAGCUACGGGCGCAACUGAAUGAUGUGAAGCUGUACGCGGCAGACCUCGAGAAAUCUAUCGAGGCCGCGCGGAGAGAGGUGUGCGAUCAGCAAGAGCUAGUUCGCCAUAAGGAUGCCACGAUCGAGGAGCUGAAGGUGCAAAUGCUGAUGCGUGACGACGUGCAGGAGCUGCUUUGCCGGCUCUACCCCAACCACAGCGUGCUACACGCGAAUGCGCAGCUAGUGCACAGUUUGUCUGAGACCAAGACACGCCUGGAAGUGGAGCUGGCAGAGACCCGCCAGGACCUCGCUCACACGCGCGAAGAGCUGCAGCAGCGCGAGCUCAGCGUGCGGGAAGCGGUGCAGGAUCGCCAAGCGGCCGAGGUGCGCCUGCAGGACGCACUCGCACGACUCGCGGUGCUGCAAGAAACCGACGGCGGUGGCGAUGCGGAGCAAUGCAGCCCAGGGGAGACACCGUCCCCGCGCGGCACAACGCACCCACAGACUUCGGAUGCCGCGUCCCGUAUGGCGGCGCUCUUUAACGUCGACGAAGCCCCUCUCACCGCCUUGCGUCAGCGGGUACGCUACCUCCAGGCGUGCGUCGAGGCACAGGCGAAGGACAUUGCCGUCCUGCGCGCCGCGGAGUCCUCGUGGAAGCGACGCGAAAUCGAUCUGCGCCAGCAGUUGGAAGUGAUGAGCGCGGACCCCGUGAGUCGGACGGCGCGCCGGUACGGCCUCUCCGCCUGCUUGAGCUUUGAGGCACAGCUGGACGAGAUGCAUGCUCGGCAGGGCGCCCUUAACAGUUCAAUGGCGCAGCUUCAGGAGGAGAAAGACGCUAUCGCUGUCAGGGUUCAGGAGCACGCGAAGGCUGCCGCUGUGGCGCAGGAAGCCGCAGCUGCUGCACAGGCGGUGGUGGAGAGCACCGUGGCGCAGCUGAAGUCUACCGCGGAGAAGUGCGCGGAGCAGAGUUCGGCCAUUGCACAGCUGGGAAACGAGCGGGACGAGGAGUUGUCGAAGCGUGCCGAUCUGGAGCGGCGGUACGAGGAGGUGCUAGCGGAGCUGGCGGACACGAAGCGCGGCCUCAGCGCAGUGCAAGAGUCCUUGAAAGCCUCCGUGACGCAGCGUGACCGAUUCUGGAAGGACAACAACCUUCUCAUCAGCAAGGUGGAGGAACUGGAAAAGGCGCUUCUGCAGUCCGACGCCGAGAAACUUGCGGCCCGGGAGGCUCUGGCGCAGGGGCUGUCGGCGUCGUCGGCAUCUGCGUCGCGCCGGCGUCGCGGCGGCGGUGGCGAGAGUAGUAGUACCACCGAUCGCUAUCGCGGACAGGCAUCCCUAACGCGGGACCUCAGCCUGUCCUCGCUCUCAGCUCGACAGCUGUGA